AUGCCGUACGGAAAGACUGAUGAGCUUGCCAUCAACACCAUCCGAACCCUAGCGGUCGAUGCCACAUUCCAGGCCAACUCGGGUCACCCGGGUGCGCCCAUGGGCAUGGCCCCAGUGGCCCACGUCUUGUUCAACAAGUUCAUGACGUUCAACCCCAAGAACCCCCACUGGGUCAACCGCGACCGCUUUGUUCUUUCCAACGGUCACGGAUGCAUGCUUCAAUAUGCGCUCAUCCACCUUUUCGGCUACGAUGUCAGCAUUGAGGACCUGAAGAAGUUCCGUCAAAUCGACAGCAUCACACCCGGCCACCCCGAGUCUCAUGACACCCCCGGUAUUGAAGUCACCACUGGCCCUCUCGGUCAGGGUUUCGCCAAUGCCGUCGGUCUCGCCAUUGCCGAGAAGCACACCGCAGCCGUCUUCAACAAGCCCGGCUACGAGCUGAUCAACAACUCCGUAUUCGUCUUCUUCGGUGACGGCUGCGCUAUGGAGGGUAUUGCCAGCGAGGCUGCUUCAAUGGCUGGCCACUUGAAGCUCGGCAACCUCAUUGCCAUCUAUGACGACAACCACAUCUCCAUUGACGGUGACAUCAAGUGCGCAUUCACUGAGGAUGUCUCCAAGCGCUUCGAGGCGUACGGCUGGCACGUCCAGCACGUCCCCGACGGUGACACUGACCUCGAGGGCAUCGAGAAGGCUAUUGCUGAGGCCAAGAAGGUCACCGACAAGCCCUCGAUGAUCAAGCUCACCACCACCAUCGGUUUCGGUUCCGUUCUCCAGGGUACCGGCGGUGUCCACGGCAACCCCCUCAAGGCCGACGACUGCAAGCAGGUCAAGGAGAAGUUCGGCUUUGACCCUGAGAAGAUGUUCCAGGUCCCCCAGGAGGUCUACGACAUGUACCACAAGCACGCAGCCGAGGGUGCUGCUGCUGAGGAGGAGUGGAACAAGCUCUUCCAGAAGUACGGCGAGGAGCACAAGGAGCUUCACGCUGACCUUACUCGCCGUCUAACUCGCGACCUUCCUGAGGGCUGGCAAAAGGCCCUUCCCACAUACAAGCCUAGCGACCCUGCGAUUGCCUCAAGAAAGCUCUCCGAGUCUGUUCUGGAGGCCAUCCACGACGUUGUUCCCGAGCUUCUCUCCGGUUCUGCCGAUCUGACUGGCUCCAACAACACAAGGUGGAAGAAGGCCAUCGACUUCCAGCCCCCGGAUCUCGGCAUUGGCGAGUGGUCUGGCCGAUACCUGCGAUAUGGUGUCCGUGAGCACGCCAUGGCUGCUGUCAUGAACGGAUUGUCCGCAUACGGAACUAUCAUCCCCGCUGGCGGUACUUUCCUCAACUUCGUUUCAUACGCUGCCGGUGCCGCCCGUCUGUCUUCGCUCUCACACCAGCGUGUCAUCUACGUUGCUACCCACGACUCGAUCGGUCUUGGUGAGGACGGUCCUACCCACCAGCCUAUUGAGACUCUUGCCCACUUCCGUGCUCUGCCCAACAUGAUGGUGUGGCGCCCAGCCGACGGAAACGAGUGCUCUGCUGCUUACUACAUGGCGCUCACUUCCAAGGGCACGCCAUCCAUCCUUGCCCUUACUCGUCAGAACCUGCCCCAGCUUGAGGGCUCAACACUCGAGAAGGCCAUCAAGGGAGGAUACGUUGCUCUCGAGGACAAGGACGCCCAGAUUACCCUCGUUUCCACUGGUUCCGAGGUUUCUCUCUGCCUUGAGGCCGUCAAGACCCUCAAGGAGCAGGGCAUCACUGCCCGUGUUGCUUCGCUUCCUUGCUUCGAGGUCUUUGACGCUCAAGAUAAGGACUACAAGCUGUCGGUCAUCCCCGGCGGCAUCCCAUCGCUCAGUGUUGAGGUCAUGUCCACCAUGGGCUGGGAGAAGUACUCUCACGAGCAGUUUGGUCUGAACCGCUUCGGUGCUUCUGGACCAUACAAGGAGGUCUACAAGAAGUUUGAGUUUACCCCCGAGGGUAUUGCUAAGCGUGCCAAGGCCACCAUUGACUUCUACAAGGAGGUCAAGCCUCUGCGAUCUCCUCUUGACCGCGCUUUCCAGCAGCUUAUCUAA